AUAUCACAGCGGUGUUGUUGCUGUGUGGGCAGGCCCGUGUGUCUUUGGGCAGAAUGGAGGGGCGUCUCCAAGCCUUCGAUCCUCAUUGGACAUCCCGCUCUGAAUAUCGAGCUCUUAUUGGCUACUGUAUCUGUCGCUCAGUGGAUUCAUGCGCAGUGCUGAAGGGAGGAGUAAACAACCGUGGGUCACAGCUAACAGGCUAGUGUUCGCUAUAGAUAAUGGACAUGAGUACCAGCGAGUGCUUUGGAUGUGGCCGCUCUGGACACUGGAUCAAGAACUGUCCUAAUGCUGGUCGAGGUCGUGGCCGGGGCCGGGGACGAGGAAAGGAUCUGUUCUGUUACAGGUGUGGAGAGCAGGGACACAUUGCGAGAGAUUGCGAACAGACUGAGGAUGCAUGCUACAACUGCCACAGGAGUGGCCACAUUUCCAGAGACUGUAAAGAGCCCAAGAAGGAGAGAGAGCAGAGUUGCUACAACUGCGGCAAAGCUGGUCACGUGGCACGCGACUGUGACCAUGGCAAUGAGCAGAAGUGCUACUCCUGCGGGGGGUUCGGACACAUCCAGAAACUGUGUGACAAGGUGAAAUGUUACCGGUGUGGUGAGAUUGGUCACGUGGCAGUGCAGUGCAGCAAGGCGACUGAGGUGAACUGCUACAACUGCGGCAAGACCGGUCACCUGGCGAGAGAAUGCACCAUUGAAGCUUCUGCGUAACUUCUUUCCUCUGUCGCCCCUCCUUUCCUGAUUGAUGGUUGUUUCUCUUCUCUGAAUCCUCUUCAUUGGCCAAAAGCUGGCAAACAGAGGCCUUUCCCAUGCCAGUGAGCAGCUUUGAGUUUUGUUUUCCUUUGUUAUGAAGAAAAGGGGUAAAAAAAAAAAAUAUCAUAUUGCGUUUAAAAUGAAAUGUUUAUUUAGGUAGAGGUGAAAUAAAUGACGCUUUGUUUAGGAACCCCUUUCCAUGCCACUGGUGAAAAGAUCCAUUACUGGGACAUCCCGCGCCACAGGGAACCUCUGGGCUCACGGAAGUGAACCUUAGAUCAAAUGUAAGAGAGAAGUCAGGCCAAGGCUCAAUUCUGGUGUUUUGUUUUGUGGUUCUAUGGAGAAAAGUGAAAGCAGGCUUAAGAAAGACCAUUUUCAUCACAGGAAGUCCAUUAUGAUCUGGUGCCCACUAGCAUCUCACAGCAAAGUGUGUAUGAUUCCUAAAGAAAUAUGUUAUAAUGGUAUAUUCAAAUUAAUUUGACUUCCAGAAAUCAUACACUUUAAUUUUUCUUUGUAAUUUUUUUUUUUUCAAAGCAAACAGUGCUUGUUAAUGCUGAACAUUACGGAGUAAUUUUAGUCCUUUCUACCUUAAAUUAUCCAGUACAACAGAGAGACGUGAAAUCAGCAACAAUUUGCAAAAAAAUAAUGUUUUCACAGAAAUCAGAUAUUUUUGUACAAUAUCACUUGGACUACUGUUAGAAUAUCAUUGCUUGUACUCAGUUUUUAAGUCGGAAGGAAAUUGCAACUUAAGUCCUAGAAAAUAGAUAUGUAAUUUUAAGCUGUCAAUAAAGUUGGAGGAGGAUGAGGAA